CUGAAUGUGCGAUGCAUUAUAAGGAGAAAAACAGCGCCAGAUAGGAAUGAAAGUAAAGUUGUCGAAGCUGUCACAAAUCUAGUUGUCCUCAUUUUUUCCCCGUUUCUUUUUAACAAGUUUCGCGACACCGUCGCAUCGCGGCUCAUCACUUAGCUUUUAAGAUGGACUAUGAUUGGUCACGACAGAAAGGGGUGUUCGUACAUCCACACCCCAGCACUACCCAGCCCUUCGAGCCAUCUGGCUCAGUUCCUCUACCGCACUCAAUAUCUGUCGCCAACUUGUCAGCGCCUCCAUCCCAAGAUACAGCACAGACUGUGCCCCUGACACAUCUGAGUAGUUCUGCCCUUCCCACUGAAAACAUUCCUUUCUACGACGUGGUACCGGAGCCUACCCUGAAUUCCUGCCCUUGGGGUUAUCCAUCUUGUCCAGGCCGCAGCUGGUGUCCCGUCUCACACCCUCUACAAUACUCCACCAACUAUAGCUCCAUUGAUCACUCAAUUUCGGACACAAACCUGUUCACGUCCACCCAAAGCACCUUUUACCAGCAAUCCAUUCAGCCAAACCCACCUAUAAGCGCAAAUAUCUACAUGUAUGAAAAUACCCUGACAUGCCUAUUGCCGAGCGAACGAUUUAUCCUCGAAGAAAGAUUGAAAAACAGAUCGUGGGACGAUAUUCUAAAAGAACACAAUCAACGUUGGACCCCAGUUAAUCAUCAGACUGCGCUCAUGAAUAGGCUGAAGAAAUUACGGGAGAAGUAUGACGUCAUCAAUCAAAUCCUGCCAUCAAGGUCAGGAGCCUCUAAACGGUCAGGACACAAUACAUGUUCGGUUAAAAUGCCAUGUGCUGCCUGCGGGCUGCAGAAUUACUAA